AUGUCCUACCCGCAGUUUGGAUACCCCUAUUCCUCCGCACCCCAGUUCCUGAUGACCACCAACUCCCUGAGCACGUGCUGCGAGUCCGGCGGCCGCACGCUGGCCGACUCGGGGCCCGCCGCCUCGGCCCAGGCGCCCGUCUACUGCCCGGUCUACGAGAGCCGGCUGCUGGCCACCGCGCGCCACGAGCUCAACUCGGCCGCGGCGCUUGGGGUGUACGGGGGCCCGUACGGCGGCUCGCAGGGCUACGGCAACUACGUGACCUACGGCUCCGAGGCGUCCGCCUUCUACUCGCUGAAUGGCUUCGACUCCAAGGACGCGCCGGGAUCUGCGCAUGCGGGCCUCGCGCCUGCUGCGGCCGCCACCGCCUACUACCCCUACGAGCCGGCGCUGGGCCAGUACCCCUACGACAGGUACGGGACCAUGGACAGCGGCACGCGGCGGAAGAACGCCACGCGCGAGACCACCAGCACGCUCAAGGCCUGGCUGCAGGAGCACCGCAAGAACCCGUACCCCACCAAGGGCGAGAAGAUCAUGCUGGCCAUCAUCACCAAGAUGACCCUCACGCAGGUGUCCACCUGGUUCGCCAACGCGCGCCGGCGCCUCAAGAAAGAGAACAAGAUGACGUGGCCCCCGAGGAACAAAUGCGCGGAUGAGAAGCGACCCUACGCGGAGGGCGAGGAGGAAGAAGGGGGCGAAGAGGAAGCCAGGGAGGAGCCCCUCAAGAGCACCAAGAAUGAAGAGACGGUGGGCAAAGGGGAGAAGGAUCUAGAACUCACAGACUUGGAGGAUUUCGACCCGCUGGAGGCGGAGCCCCCCGAGUGCGAGCUGAAACCGCCCUUCCAGCCCCUGGACGGCGGUCUGGAGCGCAUCCCCUCCGCGCCCGACGGUCCAAGCGCCCCGGGAAAGGAGGCUUCCGGCACCCUCCGGAUGCCCCUGGCCGCCGGUGGCGCGGCCGCCCUGGACCAGGACCUGGAGAGGGCCAGACGCUGCCUCCGGAGCGCGGCGGCUGCGCCCGAGCAGCAGCCUGGCGCUGGGGGCGGCUCGCAGGCCUGCGAGGCCAAGCUGGGCUUCGCGCCGGCUGGGGCGACGGCGGGCCUCGAGGCCAAGCCGCGCAUCUGGUCGCUGGCUCACACGGCCACCGCGGCCGCCACAGCCCUGAGCCAGACUGAGUUCCCCUCGUGCAUGCUGAAGCGCCAAGGCUCCGCUGCCCCUGCGGCCGCUUCCUUGGCUCCCGCGUCGUCCUCGCCUGCGGCCCCGGCCCCCACCGGUGCCCUGGACAGGCACCAGGACUCCCCGGUAACCAGUCUCAGAAACUGGGUGGAUGGGGUCUUUCACGACCCUAUCCUCAGGCACAGCACUUUGAACCAGGCCUGGGCCACCGCCAAGGGCGCCCUCCUGGACCCAGGACCGCUGGGACGCUCUCUGGGGGCAGGUGCCAACGUGCUGACGACGCCCCUGGCGCGCGCUUUCCCGCCCGCCGCGCCCCACGACGCCCCGCCCGCAGGCUCAGCCAAGGAGCUGCUGGCGGCGCCCAAGGCCGGGGGCAAGCCCUUUUGCGCCUAA